UUUCAUUGAUGGUAAAAAAUGUUGCCAAAAAUAUUUAAUUGUUAACAAUUAAUCAAAUUGGCAGUUGUUUAAAUCUAAUUGUAAACUCAAAGCUCAAUGAACAAUUUCAGUUGAUCAACAAAAGGGAAACAAAAAAAAAGUCAAGUGUCAACAAAAACAAUCAACAAAUUGUGACAAUCAUCAUGAUCCCUGAUUAUUAUUAUGUGACUUUUAAUUAUCCACCUCUAACCAAAGAUAAUCAACUCAAUUAAUCAUUUCAACCAUAACAACAAUCAAGUCUAUUGUGACAAAAUUAAUUAUCCAACUAGAUUUAAACAAUAUUGUUAUUAACCCUUCGGUAUAUAAACAAAUUGAUUGUCGAUCCAAACACAAUCAACUGAUUCAUUGAACUUGAGGUUAAUUGUUGUAAAUUGAACUUAUAAUUAGUAGAAAUCCCAACAAUCCAAUAAAAUCUAAAUUGUUGAUUGAUUCUAAAUUGGAUGAAAAAGAAAAGUAAACAACCUUGAGAAACGAUUAACCUGAACAACGAACAAUUAACUGAUUGAUUACUUACCAAUAUAUUCUUGAUUAUCAUCAUCAUCUAUUUACAUCAAUCGAUGCAAAGAUUAACAAUCAUAAUUAAGUUGAAAAAGAAAAUUAAAAGAAACCAAAUUGUAAAAGUGAAUAAAAAAUAAUAACAAUUCGUCAGUUUAUCUUGAGGGGAACAACAAUAACAAUGGAGAUUCCCAAUGAAACUAAUUCAGAGAGAGAAUUGAAAAUUUCCAAUUCUCCAUCAACAUCGAUCACCUCAUCUUCCUCAUCAUGUUCAUCCUCAUCUUCACCAAAUGUUAUCAAUUCAAUUCCGGUUAUCAAAUCAUCAGAAUCAUCAUCAGUUCCUCAGGUAGUCAUCAUGAAUCCUUGUCUAGCUGGUUCGCAGCCAAUCAACACCAUGGGCAAAGGUGACAUGGAUGAAUCUCUAGUCUCCAAUGAGGCUAUUCCAACAACCAAAUACGAAGAGCUUUCCAAUCUUGUCCAGACCCGAUCAUCUGUACGUGAUAAACUUUACCGAUUAGUACAAAAUAUUUUCUUCCGUUUAGCCACUUUAAUCUUAAUCAUAAUCGAUUGUAUUCUAACGGUGGUUGAUCUUUCCCUUGGAAACAAAGAGGAGUCACUCCAGAGCUCCAUUGACACCGUUGUCUUAAUUUUCGCCAUCAUUUUUUGCAUUGAAGUUUGUCUUCGUAUCUACGCCAUCGGGGUGGAUCAUUUUUUCAUCGAUUGGUACAAUUGUGUUGAUUUCGUAAUUAUCAUAAUGAGCUUUAUGAUAACAUGUAUUUAUAUCAUCAUUCACAUGAGCAACAAUUUCGCUAAAUUGAUUAUAUUGGCUCGAUUAAUUCGAGUAAUGGUUCUGGUUCGAUUGUUUCGUGUUGUCACUGAACCUAAAAAUAUUCAGAAAGGUGUUCGCUUGGUUGUCUCUGAAAAUAAGCGACGAUAUCGAGGUGAUGGUUUCGAUCUUGAUUUAACUUAUAUUACACCUCGAGUAAUUGGAAUGUCCUUCCCAUCAUCUGGAUCUUGGGCUUUCUAUCGUAAUCAUAUUAAGGAUGUCGCUCGAUUCUUUGAUUCUAAACAUGGUCCUGAUAAUUUUAAGAUUUACAAUUUAUGUUCUGAGAAAAGUUAUGAUGUCAACUAUUUCCAUGGUAGAGUUGCACGUUAUCCAAUCGACGAUCAUAAUGUACCUACAUUGGAACAGAUGAUGAGAUUUGUCGAAGAUGUAAAAGAAUGGCUUGGACAAGAUGAGAAGAACGUAAUUGCCGCUCAUUGUAAAGGUGGAAAGGGUCGGACUGGAACAAUGAUCUGCGCUUGGUUGAUUUACAAUGGACAUUUCGAUGAGUGUAAAGAGGUUCUAGAAUAUUUUGCCGAUAGACGGACGGAUACAUCGGUGGGGAAAAAGUACCAAGGAGUGGAAACACCAAGUCAAGCUCGUUACAUUGAAUAUUUCAGUCGUAUUAUCAAUCAAAUGAAUGGUAAACUACCGGUUGAAGGUAAAACUGUCAAUCUUAAGAGUAUCAGUAUUGAAGGUUUAUCAACGAUCGGUGCUGGUGAUGGUUCAGAUUUAAGUGCUUCCAUUAUGAUUGACAGAUCGGAAACGUUUAAUUUGGACUUUGGUACGGAAACUAAUUGCACCGCUUUCUAUAAUAAACCCGAAGAUAUACUCAUUAUUACACCGAAAAAUUGUCCAUCUUUAAAAGGUGAUGUUAGAAUUAAAUUUAAUUGUCGUUCGAAAAGUGUUCCUAGGGCAUAUGAAGAUUGUGCCUUCUAUUUUUGGUUUAAUUGUAAUUUUAUCGAAGGUAAUAGUUUAUCUUUAAUCCGUUCCGAUGUUGAUAAUCCUCAUAAAUCUAAAACAUGGAAAAUUUAUACAGAAAAAUUCAGAAUUAUUUGUAAUUUUGAUUGAGAA